CCCAAAAAGAAAACAACAACUUGUGACUAUUUCAACUGGUUUCUGUCAUUCUCAUGUUUGGUGAUAAUGAGGUUGAUGUCUUUGGAUUGGUCUCCUCACUAGGUGCUUAUAUAUACUUAUGAAAUAUAUCCUUAAUUUUCACUUAUCAUAAAAUCAAUCUUGUAUCAACCAAAGUAAUAAACAACACAUAUCCAAUAUUUCCAACAAGUUAAUUCUUCAAUUAGUGAAUAUGGUGGUGGGUAUGGAAUACUUGGAGCAUGUUUUGGUGCCAUUGGGUCUAUUGGUGUUCUUCAUGUACCAUAUGUGGCUUCUCUUCAAUAUUCUGUAUAAGCCUUUUGGAACUGUCAUUGGUCUAAACGCUGAAUCUCGUCACCAAUGGGUUCUUGCCAUGAUGAGUGAUCCAUUCAAGAAUGGUGUUUUGGCUAUCCAAACUAUCCGCAACAAUAUAAUGGGAUCUACUCUUCUUGCUACAACAGCAAUCACACUUAGUUCACUAAUAGGUAUAUUCACUAAUAAUUCAUGGAAUUCUGAUGACCCAUCUUCCCUAUUUCACAGCAGUGCUUCGGUCAAACGCAUUUCGAUUACCAUCUGCUUCCUUGUCGCAUUUCUAUGCAAUGUACAGUCCAUAAGAUGCUACUGUCAUGUCAGUUUUCUAAUCACUGCACCUACAAUCCGCGAUAAAAAGGCGUAUACGGAAUAUAUCUCUAAGACAUUGAAUCGCGGUAGUCACGCUUGGUCACUCGGAUUGCGAGCAUUUUACCUGUCAUUUACAUUCUUCCUUUGGAUCUAUGGUCCUAUACCAAUGUUUGUUUGUUGCUGCUUGACAUCAUUCACUUUGUACUUUCUGGAUACAACAGAAAAAAUCACAAUGGAUCUUCACAGUAACUCAUUCGAGAAGGAUAAUGAUGUAGAAUCUGCAGUGGAGCCUUGUUAUUAUCCUUUAGCUGAUAACAAUCUGGCUCAAAAUGCAGCUGUUGAUAAUGUGUAAUUUGAUGUAUUUAUUCACUUAGCAAUCGCAAUUUUUGUAAUGUUUUUGGUGUGAUUCUGCUACGAGUAUAGUUCUAGGAUAGCUACAUAAACAACAUCAUUAGUGGUUGAUUCUGUCAUUUUGUCUAGUUUCAGCACAAACUCAUCAUGCUAAAAUAAAAUUUGCUUUUCUUUUUAUAAAUAAUACAAGACUAUGGUUGUGUAGAUCGUA